GGUAAUUAAAAGUAGGACAUGUCUAGGGGUUUAUGAAUAAACAGUAUUGUUAGUGUUAGAAAAUGUUUGUGUUAGUGUGUUUAUUGCUGUGUGCGCGCGCGCGUGCUCAAGAUCAAAUUGUUGUUGAAGUCAUUAGGCUGCAGUACGAGCAGACGCAGACGCUGGUGGUCAACCGGUCCGUAGAGUAUGUGGUCGAGUUUGUCCCGACAGAGCAGCAAAUGGUAUGGCCGGCGCGGAUAACAGCCCACGUGUCUGCCGGCGACGUGGCUCGUCCCGUGCUGCUCACCGCGCGGCAGCGCUCUGGUGCAACGACGUGGCAGCUCCCUUACUACCACGAGCAGCGGCUGCUGUAUGAACUCACGCGGACGCUGUGCCCCGACGGAGCGGGCGGAGAUCAGAUAGACUCGGAACAUUGUGAUGGCAACGACGCGCAGCGUGGCUUCACGCUACACGUGGGGUCGACGUGCGCCACGCCCGUGGAGGUGACGCUGCGCGCCGACCCGGCGAGGAACUUCCUCAUCCAGUACAACAUAGACAGCUCCUUCGUGAUUACCAAGACGGCGCCUUUGGUGGUGCUGUACCGCUGGCCGGAGAAUCAGGAUCGAGCAAGACUGAUAGUGAGCGCCGAGGAUGAGGUGUGCGCCACCGUCUCCGUACAGAACUAUACGUGUCCUAUCGCGCAGUCGAUAAACGCGAUAGAGGUGAUCGGACUUAGGAUGACCGUGGAGAAGUCAGGAGCUGUGCAACUAGCGCGCAGCUCGUACCCAUACGGGUUCCUAGUGGUGGCCGUAGUUCGCGCUGACCAGAGGCCGUGCCGUGGCGACGAUACCGAAGGUGAUUCCGACUGGCUGAUGGAAGCCGCCUUAUGGGGCGAAAGGGACGAGAGCCAAUAUGUGGCCACUACCAAGACCGUAACCUUUACUGUCAAGGCGGCGUUGUCCCGCGGGCAGUACGUGUUAGCGGCUUGUGUGACUAUAGCGGUAUUCCUGCAGUUCUACGUGGCGUUCGGCGCGCUGGUGCUGGCGCGCCGCUGGGAGCCGCUGUCGCGCCGCAUCGCCUCGCUCGCCGUACUAGCACCUGACGUGACAGAUGGGCAGCCAUCGCAGACCGAUGCCAGCAUCUCGGCCGCUUCGCCCACGCGACGACGAAGGGACUCCACGGCGACGUUUGACAGCAGCGACAACAGCGACACAGAAUCUGACGAGGAGCCAACGGCCUCACCGACCGCCUCGCCAACGGCCCCCGCCCCACCCACACAAGUCCCAGUUAACGCGCCUGAUGCAACCACCCCACCCGCCAGCGCCACCCCUGCGGCCUCUCCUGGAGUUACCCGCUCAGCACCGCUUGUCAACUCCACUCCUGUAGACUCGCCCGAAGUCCUCCGAUCAGAGGCUCUCAAUACAACCGCUCCUGUGUCACCAGAAGCUCCUAUCCCUUCGGCUGUUCCUACUCAACUAUCUAGCUCCCCACAGGCCACGACUGAUAUAGAGGCAGUAGCAAACGGCCGCCCGCUGUCAGCGGUAGACCGGCCGUUCGGUCUGCCGGCCGAGCUCCGGCUGGCGGCGCUGGCGCGGCGCCGCGCGCGCGUGCUGCGCGCGCGCUCCGACCGCUACCUGCACACGCUGUACACUGUGGCCGUCUUUUACGCGCUACCUGUGGUCCAGUUUGUUGCCGCCUUUCAGAUGGUGAUGAACGUGUCGGGUUCCCUGGACAUCUGCUACUACAACUUCUUGUGCGCGCACCCGGCGGGCGCGCUGGCGGACUUCAACCACGUCUUCUCUAACUUUGGAUACCUGCUGCUGGGUGCUCUAUUGAUGAUACAAGUGCGAGCGAGACGGCAACGGCGUUUUAAAAAGCCCCGGCAUGAGGAGUACGGAAUACCAGCGCACUACGGUCUGCUGUCGGCGCUGGGCGCGGGCAUGAUGGUGGUCGCACUGCUCUCCGCCAGCUACCACGUGUGCCCCAACGGGCUCAACUUUCAGUUCGACGUGGCGUUCAUGUACGUGCUGGCGGUAUUAAGCAUGGUGAAGAUCUACCAGGCGCGCCACCCCGACGUCAACGCGCGCGCACACGCCACGUUCGGCGUGCUCGCCGUGCUUAUUGCCAUUGUGGUGUGGGGCGUCCUGGGCGGCGGCGCGCUGUUCUGGGGCACGGCCACGGUGUUGCACGUGUUCGCCGUGCUGCUGAUGUCGCUGCGCAUCUACUACGUCGGCCAGUUCCGCCUCGAGAAGCAGAGCUUGUUCGUAGCGGCUCGAGGGUUCCAACCUCGCUCGCGACCAUUGUAUGCGGCGCGGCUGGUGCUGCUGCUCAUAGCCAACGCCGUCAACUGGAUGUUUGCCAUUUACGGGUUGUUCAUGCAAGCGGCGGACUUCGCGUCGCAUUUGCUGAACGUGUUGCUAGCGAACACGUUGUUGUACAUGCUGUUCUACCUCACCAUGAAGCUCAUGCACGGCGAGCGGCCGCGGUGGUACGCUUGGUGCUACCUGGGCGGCGCGGUGGCGGCGUGGGUGCCGGCGCUGUACUUGUUCAUGUCGGGCUCCACGGACUGGUCCGCCGCGCCCGCGCAGAGCCGCCACAAGAACCACGAGUGCAUGAUAAUGGAUUUCUACGACUCUCACGACUUGUGGCACAUGCUGUCGGCGGCGGCGCUGUACUUGUCCUUCGCGGCCAUGCUCACGUGGGACGACGGGCUGUCCGCCGUCCGGCGCACCGACAUCGCCGUGUUCUAAUCAAUAAACUGUUUUUCAAUA